UUCCCGCGUCGUGACGUGAAUACAGCCAUCCCUCCUUAUCACUGAAAGUCACUGCCAGACCAGACACUUAUCCUUACGCAUCUCACUUCACUGCGUGCUGUAACAGUCGCAUGACCACCAGGGGGCAAGAAGCAGGCACGACUAAUUAACUGUAGCGAAUCGUGGAAUUGUUGCUAUCAUACUUCAGCGAGCCUGGGUACAGGUGUUCCGUUUUCAUCUGCCGGGUGAUACGAUUGUGAUCUAUUUUUGAUCCGUUCUUGCGGAAAGAAGUCUUUUUCUUGACCGCGUAUGCGACCGCCUAAGGGCUAUCAGCAAGCAAACUUCUCACCAUGAACACCAAGAAUAUUAUGUUCAGCAUCUUUCCAUCUCUGUGCUUGGGCAGCGACGCGUGCUAAGAUGACCGUGUGGCUAUAGCACUACCAGCCAGUAACACAAUCUGUAGCGUCAUUCAUUAAAGGACAUCAUCUGGGAAGUACUUCAUGAUCAGUGCACUUGUGCUAAGUCCCAAAGAGUCUCGGGUGUUGGAAAUCUAAAUCCCAAUUUAAUAAGAUAAAAAUAAAAAUAAAAUCAUAGAAACAGGCAUAACAGUCCAAGCUUCUGCAGUGACGAGCGUCGUGUGGAGCUACAGGUGCACAGGUGCUACGGAGGCAGAACAGCUGUAACCAUGAGGGAAAUUGUGCACGUGCAGGCGGGGCAAUGCGGCAACCAGAUCGGCUCCAAGUUCUGGGAGAUCAUCAGCGACGAGCACGGGAUAGACCCCUCGGGCGUGUACAGGGGCACGGCGGACAUCCAGCUCGAGCGAAUUUCAGUCUACUACAAUGAGGCCACAGGAGGGCGCUACGUCCCCCGCUCGGUGCUGGUGGACCUGGAGCCUGGCACUAUGGACGCCGUGCGCUCCUCACGCUACGGCUCGCUCUUCAAGCCAGACAACUUCGUCUUCGGUCAGAGCGGCGCCGGAAACAACUGGGCCAAAGGGCACUACACCGAGGGCGCCGAGCUCGUCGACUCCGUGCUCGACGGAAUCAGGAAGGAAUGCGAGAGCUGCGACUGCCUGCAGGGGUUCCAGUUGGCACACUCGCUGGGCGGCGGGACGGGGUCGGGCAUGGGCACGCUGCUCAUCUCAAAGAUCAGGGAGGAAUUCCCUGACCGCAUUAUGAACACCUUCUCCGUCGUCCCCAGCCCGAAGGUAUCCGACACGGUCGUGGAGCCCUAUAACGCGACGCUCUCGGUGCACCAGCUGGUCGAGAACACAGACGAGACCUACUGCAUUGACAACGAGGCCCUCUACGAGAUCUGCUUCAGGACGCUCAAGCUGGCCACGCCCACCUACGGUGACCUCAACCACCUGGUCUCGCUCACGAUGUCCGGCGUCACCACCUGCCUCAGGUUCCCCGGCCAGCUGAACGCCGACCUGAGGAAGUUGGCGGUGAACAUGGUGCCGUUCCCGCGUCUUCACUUCUUCAUGCCAGGCUUCGCGCCGCUCACUUCGCGCGGCUCGCAGAACUACCGUGCGAUCUCCGUCCCCGAACUCACGCUGCAGAUGUUCGACGCCAAGAACAUGAUGUGCGCCUGCGACCCGCGCCACGGCAGGUACCUGACGGUGGCGGCAGUGUUCCGGGGCCGGAUGUCGAUGCGGGAGGUCGAUGAACAGAUGCUGAACGUGCAGAACAAGAACACCGCGUUCUUCGUCGAGUGGAUUCCCAACAACGUUAAGACGGCCGUGUGUGACAUUCCUCCCAGGGGCCUCAAGAUGGCGGGAACGUUCAUUGGUAACACAACCGCUAUUCAGGAGCUGUUUAGGCGCAUUUCUGACCAGUUUUCCGCUAUGUUCCGACGCAAGGCUUUCUUACACUGGUACACCGGGGAAGGCAUGGACGAAAUGGAAUUCACGGAAGCGGAAUCCAAUAUGAACGAUUUGGUAUCGGAGUACCAACAAUAUCAGGAGGCCUUGGCUGACGACGACGACUACGAGGACGAAGAGGAGCCCGAACACGAGCAGUAGCUAUUCAAAGGCAAACGCAAGAAAAUCGCCUUUAUGAACACGUUUUUUUUUUUUUUCUAUAAUGACGAUACGACUAUUGUCGACAGCUAUGCGAACGGAGGACAAAAUGCGGUGGAAUCGAAGCCGAAGCCUGAGCCAUCAAAGGGCGUUUGAACAUAGAUAUAAAUAGACUAUAUAAGAAAUUCGAUGAGAUUUCUUGAAAGUUUUUUUUUUUAUUAUCAAUAAAGACAGAUCAUGGAGAUGGAAGAAUUCUCGCAAAGGAAUAUAUGAAUACGAAAUUCAAACUUUGCAAUCAUUUACAUGAAUAUAAAAUAUGAUUAUAUAUAUUUCUAAUAAGAAUAAGGUGUAACGGAAACGAGAAAAAAGACAAAAAUAAUAUCUUGUCGAUUUGUGAUGAAAUAAUUAAAUUUACACAUACACACGCAUACACACACACACACACACACACACACACACACACACACACACACACACAUACAUACAUACACACGCAUACACAUAAACACACAUACGCACACAUACACACACUACACAUACACACUACCCAUACACAUACACAUACACAUACACAUACACACUUUAGCAUUGUGUGUGUGUGACCAUCAUCGUCAGCUGUUUUGCAAACUUCUCUGAACGGGGAGCAGCGUCCAUUCGAUUCCGUCCGCCGGCGGGAAACACAAAGCUGUGAUGGAAAGCCUUUUGAGUUUAAUUCCUCAACCUGCACCGAUCACCUCUUCCGUCCGUCGCCGCUGCCGUCAUUGUUCACUGCCUUUUUACGCCCUCAUUCCGUUGUGACGAAGAGUAAAAUGAAUAAGAUACAAGAUGAACAAAUAAUCAUACAAUAAAGUGCUUCCAACAGAAUUAUUACCGCUGUUUACGGUGUCGGAAAUUGAUAAAAGAGAUUUCCAAACUCACGAUAUUUAGAAGCGAUAAAUCCAGGUUGGCUAUUAAUUGACUUUAUAAUAAUGUUUUUUGAGCUGAUAACAUGCUGUGACUGUUUCUCUUUUUUAGUUGAGCUUGAAUAUUAUGCUUGAGUUGCCUCGUCUACCCGAGGCCUACGAGUGCAGGUGUACCAUGCUUCGAGUGUUUGAAAUCCAUGCUAUAUCACCCUUGGCCCAGCGACGGCUUACGUGGACAUUUUACAAAAAUUAUCCUGUUUAUAAAUCAUGUCAUUCCUACUUUCAGUUUUACACUGGCUUUGGCAUUUGCCCCUUGCCUGUGGAUGUGAGAUCUUUAGAUUUUGGUUGAUACUAAAAUCAUCCUCAGGCCGUGAUGAUUUCUCUUCAAGAUUUAGAUAUGGCAGGAAGUAUCCCUUCCUCGAGAUAGCCUGGCUUGUUUGCAAGCUUUUGAGGUCAUGCAUUUUGCACAUAGACCUGAUGCAUUCUGUCCCUAUGAUGUUUUCAUUCGAAGAAAACAACCAGCUGAAAUGAUAACGCGACAGGUAUUAAUUUUAGGUCAAAGACUGCGUAACAUAGCCACGACUAGGAUAUAAGGUCAUCUGCAGAUUGAGGUCGUGUGCAACCACAUACCAACUCAUGUUGCCGAAACGCAGAUGGCGCUCGUCUUGGACUCGUCUUGGACUGCUUUGAAACCUAUUUGCACUCACUGGAGACUUUCAUAACAUUUGCAUCAGCAUCCUUAUUUACGCUAGUAAUGGAUGCAUAUGAGGUUACAGAUAUAUGUAUUGAAAACGCCAUAUAAGCUCUCUAUAACAGAGGAAUCUUGAUACACGUUUCCGAACAAGAGAGAAGCGCAACCCGGGAUUUUUUUAUCUCGGUAAAGGGCUCUCGCGGUGACUCCUUUGCUCCCUAAAAGGAGCGAUUUCAUUUCUCAAGAAUGAAACAUUCUACUACACAGACACGCCAGACGUACCCAAAGAAGAUUCAUUUCUUGGUUUUGAACUAAAGUCAUUCGAGGAAAGGGAACUGUCUCAGUAAAAAUUUCCCUGCCACUUUCUGGAAUAGAAUUCAGACUUUUCCUUGAUAUUUUAGAUAAGAAGAUAAUGUGUUUAGUCACAAACGGAAUCAAACCUAAAGACUUUUUAAGUUAAACUUGGUAACGGAUGUCACGUUUUUGCCUCUCCGUCCAUGGACCUCCUCCAGCCGCUCCUUGCCUCCACUGCAACAUGCCAAAUACAAUGUAUAAUCUAGUCUGACCUGCAGCCUGUAUUGUAAUAAAUUUUAAACUUA